GUUGUGAGAAGAAGAAAGUAUAUAACGUGUAUGUAGAACCUAGAGCUUUCGAUUCUGCCUUCAUCAUCUCGUACAGAUUCCAUCUCGUCAACCUUCUGCUUAACAAUAAGAACUACUGCUCUGACAAUCUUGAUUAUCUACAAUCUUCGCCUGUCUAAUUGGUAACUUUUACUCUUAGUAUUUUAUCCAAACAUAAACAAAAUGUCAAGAUCGUUUUCUACGAGCUCUUCAAGAAGCGCCGCUGCGCAAAUCACGUCUGAUAACACCCUUAGUGGAUUCUCCUUGCCCGACCCUGGCUUCGACCCUACCAACAACCACGCCAUCAAGGCUUAUUACGAGAAGAAGGAGAAAAAGGGUGUUCUCGCCGACGAGGAUGGCAUCGAAGACGACAUUGAAGUGGAGGCUGAGAGAGCAGUCACCGACUGGGAGAAGCAAGCCGGCCGAAAAGCGACCGACGAGCAGCGCGAAAGCAUGAUGGCGAGAAUUCGACAAAUUCGUUCCAACGAAUGGCUCGAAGGCGCAAAAACGCAACUCGUCGGGAAAUCUACCGUUCCGAUCGCUUGGUUCAACCGUGUCGUGGCAGACAAUGAAGGCGUUAUCCAGUUUGUUGCCCAGAAAUCCGUUGAACUGAGACAACGGAGACAGGAGAAUAACGAGAAGAUCACGGAACUCCUAGAAGAAAUCGAAACGCUGAAGAAGGCUCAGGCAGCCACCGGGGACAUCGACAAACUUAAGGCCCAGGUCGAAAAACUGGAGCAAGAAGUUUCCACGCUGCAGGACGAUCUCAAGAAGGCCGAAGAAAAAAUCAAGAAGCUCGAGGAGGAGGAAAACGGCCAACUAAGAACUCAGCUCAAAGAAAGCCAGGGUCGUGAGAAAACUCUCCAAGAUAAAUACGACAGGCAACUAUCCGAGCUAAAUGCCAGCUAUAGAAACCUUCGGGAUCGAGAGGAAAAGGUUGAACAGCUCGAGAAAGAGGCAAGGGAAAUACGGGCAAGGGAACAUGCCACCAAAGCCGAUAACAGGAACCUCGAGGAGACCGUCGCCGAGCUAAAGCGCAAGCUCGAGGACUAUGAAAAUGACAAAGCCACGGCAAAGAUGAGAACCACGCCUGCCCGACCCGCUGAGUUCGACACCAUAAAGAUACUUCGAGAGCUCAAGGAGGCGAAGGAGACGAAUAAGGAAUUGAAACAAGAGAGCAGAGAGCUCCUUGAUCGAUGGCUCGCCCGGGUUGGCGACAGAAACAAUCUCCUAGAGUUCUACAACGCCGUAGGCGAAGUAAGACAAUCGAUGGGCGAGUUAAAGCAACGAGUGGUCGCCUUUUACAACAGCCUUGGUCACGACGUCGACGACGUCAAAUCUGCGGAAGAGGCUCUCGAUAUCCUCGAGAAGAAUGUCAAGGAAACACCCAAGGAUCCACUCAGCACCCGGCUCAUGCCUCUCAAACUCAUGGCUGAGAUGCGGAUACUAGAGAAGCAGCUAAUGACGCAGAUAGUCAGGAAUGACACCCUGAACAUGAAGCUUGAGAUGGCUAAGCCGGACGAGCAGCUCAUGAUGGAGUUGCGUAUGGAUUACGGUGUGUACAAUGACGCUGAGGUCGAUAGGCGGGUUAGAAAAGAGACGCAGUUUUACCGGGAGCAUCGUCGCGAAUUAGUUCGCAAGAUGUUAAAUUGUAAUGCCAGGUUGAACCAGAUCGCUAUCGACUGCCCUGACCUGACUACUCGAGAUGCCAUCACGAAUGUGUCGCGGGAAUAUCUGUCUCCGGUCAGUAUGAUGGGGCCGCUGCCGGUACCUGAAGAGGAGCGCUAAUUAUCUGCAAACAUCGCAUUCUCAAAGCUGUCCUCGUUACCGUUUCUAGCUAUAGUCCCCAUAGCGCGGUCUUAAUCCGGAGCGAGCAACUGACAAUAUACUAUAGAGCGGCCGAGUAGC